AUGGCACACUCUGCAGAGGAUUACUAUGACAUGCCCGUCGAGAUGCUGCCGUCUGCAAACUUCGCAGGCCGCCCUACGAGCGACAUCAGCAUAGGCAUGUACGACGGGCUCUGGGAUUUGAUGUUCUCACCCUCCUCUUAUUCAUCCGAAGACGAAGCGGCAGAAGAAGGCAACGAAGCCGCUCUACAACUACGAAACCCGCCGAGAUCACCUCCUUCGCCGACGCAAUUAGAGUCGCCAAGUAACGUCACCGACGCUCAGAUAUGA